CCAAAGAGAACUACACAGAAAACCUUCACAAGACAAGCUGUCAGCAUGGACCAAGACAUGGUUGGUUACAUUGUUCUUCUGGUGAUUGUCACCCUCCUAAGUGUCAUCCAAAAUGCUUUUUUUGCAAGCAAAGUCGAACAAGAAAGCAAAAGCAACACAGGCAAAACAAAUCAGAAGUGUUGUCCAUCAGCUUUUGAACGUGUCUUUACUGCCAACCAAAAUUGCAGAGAUGCGUAUCCUACCUUUCUUGCUGUCCUUUGGUGUGCUGGCCUGCUGUGCAGCCAAGUUCCGGCUGCCUUUGCUGGGUUGAUGUAUUUGUUUGUGAGACAAAAAUACUUUGUUGGCUACUUGGGAGAAAGGACCCAGAGCACUCCUGGUUACAUCUUUGGAAAGCGCAUCAUAUUUUUUCUGUUCCUGAUGUCUGUUGCUGGAGUCCUCAAUUAUUACCUGGGUGUUCUUUUUGGAAGUGAUUUUCAAAUGCAUAUAAAAACUGUAACCAAUACUAUCUCUCCACUAUUGCUCAUCCCUUAAAAUCCUUGUAGAAUUGAAGGUGAGAUGGGGCAGAAGACAUGUCUGUACUUAGCCAAUCAAUAUUUGGAGGAAAAAGGUUGAAAUGGAUGCAUAAAUCUCCUCUUAGGUUGCCAUAAAUCUAAUGCUCCUUGACUCUUGUGGUUUUGAUUUAACACAGCUUUUUUUCAUCCUACAAAAACGUGAUUUAUUGUACCCAACCAGCAGAUUUGUGGUAGGAGAAGAAUAAUUUCCUACAAGUUAUAGAAGCCACCAUGAGUUUAGUCCCUGUAGUUUUCUAUUAUUGGGGGUUUAUUUACUUUGCUUUUAAUACAAGAUAAAAAGUAAUGUGUCUGAUUUUACGUCAAAAUGUCCAUUGAUUUUAUAUCUAUCACUGUCAAUCAAAUUCAGGUUUUUCUUCAGAGUGUAGAUUCAAUUGUGUGGUGGUUAUCCUCAGCCCAGAGUGUUUAAUUUAAUAAUAAAACAGAAAAUAUCUCUUUAGCUGCAUUGUUCUGUAUCAUAUUGGCAUUUAAAAUAAAGUUGUUCACAGUGAUGAAAUCAGUUCUUUAGUAUGUAUAGUAUGUUCUUAUGCAGUGGUGGGAUUCAAUUUUUUUAAACUACCGGUUCUGUGGGCAUGGCUUGGUGGGCAUGGCAGGGGAAAGAUAUUGUAAAAACUCCAGUCAGAGGUGGUAUUUGCCGGUUCUCCGAAGUACUCAAAAUUUCCGUUACCGGUUCUCCAGAACUGGUCAGAACCUGCUGAAUACCACUUCUGUUCCUUUGUAUUUCUCUAAACAUAGUACCAGAUGUAAUAUUGUACACAAACACACAAAACAGGCAAAUCACUGACAUUGACAUUGUUUUUUCAAAUGCCCUACUGUAUACUUUGAGAUAAACUGAUGCCAUUAUGUUUUCCACUAUACAAGCUGUUCUCACAUUUGCAUGCCUUGCAAAAUAUGUCUUUGUAUUUGCCUUUACAAAUGUGUAUGAAACAAUGAGAGUUGCAGAAGGAAUCCACAAAGUGCCAGCUGCAAAAUAAAUUACAUUUUC